AUGCCAACUACUCGGAGCGGUACAAACUCUGAACCUUCUCCUACUGCUGGUGCUGCCAAUCAAUGGGUCAGCCCUGCAACUCUAACUGUUGGCACCACCGUCGGUACGCCUGCCAAUACUACCGUACAACCUGGUGAUACUUUUGCAAGCCUAGAGUUUGCUGUCACGACCCUCUUUCGAGCAUCUCUUGACAGUCCACUCAUGCUUGCUCGUUGUUGCGAUGGAUGUAUUAACUCCAUGGACCUCCUCUCUUACAGUGAGGCUGAGCUCCUAGAACUGAAGUACAAUGCACCCAUUCUUGACGCACAAGGGGUGGAUACUGGCCAAACUCAGCUUACUCAGCUUGGGCAGCCCCAUUGUGGUACUCUUUGGGCUUUACUUGGGUAUGCUUACCUUUGUUAA